GCCAGCUGCAGCCAGAUAGCUCGCCUCUCUCCCUCUCUCUCUCCCUUUCUCUGUCUGCCGGACUGACUUCUUUCAUGUGCAGCCAUAUAAGAUUAAUGGACAAUCAUGUCUGACGAAGAACCAAAGGUCCCCGAAGAACUUUUUAAAGAUGUCAAAUUCUACGUGGUGGGGGACAUUGAUCAGAAGGUGGUGCAGCUGCUGAAAGCUGGGAAAGGUAAAGAAGUAUCAUACAAUGCCUUGGCCACUCACAUCAUAGCAGAGGAUGGGGACAACCCAGAAGUGGGUGAAUCACGAGAGGUUUUUGACCUGCCUGUUGUCAAGCCAUCCUGGGUGGUCCUGUCAGUUCGAUGUGGAGACCUGUUACCAGUGACUGGAUUCUCCCCAGAGUCAGGCCAGAUAUUCUUUGGAGUCACUGCUUGUCUACCUAGGCUUCCAGAUGAUCUCAACAUGCUCUGGGCUUAUAUUACCUUCUAUGGAGGGGAAUGUCAGCUUAAUCUCAAUAAAAAAGUCACCCACCUGGUUGUAAAGGAACCAAAAGGGGCCAAGUUCGAAUGUGCCCUGAAGCACCCUAGCAUCAAAAUUGUUGUUCUGGAUUGGAUUACAGACUCAGUCAGGGAUAAAACCAGGAAGGACGAGGCCUUCUAUCAUCCCCGUCUCACUUUUAUAGAGCCAGAAGAAGAGGAAGACAGUGAUGGUGAGUCAUAUGACCAGCGAUCCCAUUCAGAUGGUAGUUAUAGCCCACGGCACUCUCGAGCCUCCAGUGCUGCCUCAUCCUGCGACGACUCCCCUACCAGCCCUGAAAGACGACCUGGACCAAAAAAACUCAACUCUGUUUCCCCUACUCCCUCUCGCAAGCCAGAACGCCGUAGUGAGCGCAUGUUUGACGACUCAGAUGAUGACUCCUCCACAGAGAAAGAGGGGCAGAACCUCAAUUGGACACCAGCUGAGGUUGUUGCACCGACCACUGCUGUGACAACUAAUACAGCUAGAAGGCGGGGGGUACCAACUGGUAGCAAAGACCCAGUUUCAUCCUCAGGCAGUGGGUUGAUCAAUCUGUGUGCCACUGUACCACCUAUACCUGGCAGUAUUGUUCCAACGCCGCCGGAUGGCCGUUCUCUUGCUGCUCCCCUGGGUCAAGCCACACAGCAAGGGGGUGUAUCAGGGUCAGAUGGCAUCUCUGGGUGGAGCCCAGCUACGAGGACUUUGCGGAACAUCACCAACAACUCUGACAUGCAGCAGACCAACCGGCCUGCUAAUGUGGCCCAUAUUAUCCAGAAUCUGACGGCCAACCAGUCAAAGCCGUUGGAGCAGCAGACAAAUCAGAGCCAAGCACCCAUCCCAAACACAAACAAUCCUCUUCUCUUUAACCAAUCAAAACUACCCAACCAACCUCUUACAGCGGAACAGCAGCAGCAAUUAAUACAACAGCAACAGCAACAAUCACAUCAGGCUGCCCAGCAACAACACCACCAACAGAUGCCGCAACAACAGCAACAUCCUAUGAUGCACCUCCAGCAGCAGCAUCAAAUGAUGCAGCUUCAUCAUCAACAGCAACAACAGCAACAAUCACAGGUCACGCAGGGGUUUCCACAGUUACCCCAACAACAGCAACAUUUUCUGCAACAACAGCAGCAAAUGCACCAUCAACAACAACAGUUAUUUACCCAACAACAGCAGCAACAACAACAGCAGCAGCAUGCGUUUUCCCAACAGCAGCUACGGCCCCAGCAGCUGUUAAGGCCUGGCUUACAGCAACUUCAGCAACAGCAGGUACUACAGCAACAGCUCCAGCAAUUCCAGCAACAGCAGCGCUUGCAGAUGCUACAGCAACAGCAGCAACAGCAAAAUCAGCAACAGCAGCAACAACAGUUGCACCAACAACACCUGCAACAACAGCAGCAGCAACAUUUCCUACAACAGCAGCAACAGCAGCAAAUGCAGCAGCAACACAUACAACAGAUGCAGCAGCAACAUCUGCACAAUCAGCAACAGCAGGCCAUGCAUCAGAGCCAGCAGGCAAUUCAGCAACAACAGCAGCAACAACAACAACAACCACAACAACAGCAGCAGACGUCAUUGCAGCCUCAGCUCCAGCAGCCCCCUCAGAUCUCCCAACUGUUUGGUCAUGAGCCUGGCCAGGAAAUCCCCGAGGAUGGCUUCCUGCUAGGCUGUGUUUUUGCUAUUGCUGACUACCCUGAGCAGAUGGCUGACAAACAGCUCCUCACCACAUGGAAGAGGGUCAUCCAGGCUUGUGGGGGCACUGUUGACUCCACCCUCAACAACCGCUGCACACACCUUCUCUGUGAGAGUCAGGUCAGCAGCAUGUAUGUCCAGGCGCUAAGAGAGGGGAAGCGGUGUGUAACAGCCCAUUGGCUCAACACUAUACUGAAGAAGAAGAAGAUGGUUCCCCCUCACAGAACACUACACCUACCCUUUGCCUUCCCCCCUGGAGCCAAACCCUGCUCGCAGCAUAUAAUAUCGGUGACAGGCUUUGUGGAUACGGACAGGGAUGACCUGAAGUUGAUGGCUUACCUGGCUGGAGCUAGAUAUACUGGAUACCUCUGUCACAGCAACACCGUUCUCAUUUGCAAAGAACCGAGUGGCCUGAAGUAUGAAAAGGCGAAGGAGUGGAAGAUCCCUUGCGUCAACGCUCAGUGGCUCUGUGAUAUCCUGCUUGGAAACUUUGAAGCUCUGAGGCAAAUUCAGCACAGCCGUUACUCAAAUUAUAACCACCCUGAACCACUGGUGCCUAACCCACUGCUAGUACACAACCUGCUGGGCGCUUGGCGAACGCCAGUGAAAGUAUCUCCAGAAGCUCUGGCGAAUGUCCUGCUGCUCCAAAAGCAGAAGCUGUCUGACUCUAUCAACCAGCCUCCUAAUAAAAAAGCCAGACUUGAAGAAAUCCAGUCCCCCAGUAAGAAGCUUCCACCAGAGUCCAUACCUAACGCCAUCUUGACAGGUUUUGAGCCUAUGCAGGUGCAGCAGUACACCAAGAGGUUACAUGCUUUAGGUGGCGAGGUUGCAGAGAGCACCCAGAAAGCCACCCAUUUGGUGGCUAACAAGGUGACAAGGACAGUCAAAUUCCUGACAGCCAUGUCUGUGGUUAAACACAUUGUCACACCCGACUGGCUGGAAGAAAGCUGGAGGAGCCAGAAGUUUGUCGAGGAGGAGAGUUACAUGCUGCGAGAUGCGGAGGCAGAGGUGUUGUUCGGCUUCAGUCUAGAAGAGUCACUAAAGAGAGCUCACAAUGCACCUCUUUUCAAGGGGAAGUAUUUCUACAUCACUCCAGGGAUCUGCCCUAGUCUCAGCACCAUGAAGGCCAUCCUGGAAAGUGCAGGAGGAAAGCUACUGCCCAAGCAACCCUCCUACAAAAAAAUCAUAGAGUACAAACAGAACAAGAACCUUCCAGAGAUUAUCAUAAUUUCCUGUGACAAUGACCUGCACCUCUGUAGAGAGUACUUCCUCAAGAAUAUUGAUGUGCACAAUGCAGAGUUCAUCCUGACAGGAGUUCUGACCCAGAAGCUGGAUUUUGACUCAUAUAAGUUCACUUGAUGGUGACCCAGCCAGAGGGGUGGAUGAAGAUGGAGUUGGUGUCCUCUGAUCAGGAAGUCACGGAAGAGAAGCGUCGUCAACUGUACAGACUUUUUCGAGCGUUUGUACCCUGUGGACAGGACUUGUCAUUUUGUAGUUUUUGUUACAUGUUCAAUGAGAAACAAACGAGUGUUAUUUUUGUGACAUGAAUGUUUAAAUUAUGGGCCGAUCUGGAUGUUCCCUGUAUAUUUUAAAAACCACUGUAAAGGCUGCUUUUGGAAUAAAGACUAUUUGUU